CCACGCCGCGUUAGGCAGCUGGAGAGUGUGCAGGCGAGCCGUCCGGGAGCGGCGGGGGCGGUACCCAGCCGGCGGGCGGGAGUAGGAGGGACGCGGCCCGAGGGAAGGGGAAAAAGGAGGGCUGGAGAGCGCCAGCGGCGAGGCCGUCGGCGAGGACCGGCAGAAAACAAGUUCCAAGAAGGCAGGGACUUUGUGUCUCUUGCUCAGGACCUAGAACAGUGGGACAUAGUAGAUGCUCAGAAUUUUUAGGACUUCAAGCCCUGGAGACAGCAUCUCAAGUAACCUUAAGGGAACUGCUCUGAGGAGCCGAGGUGGAGAGGCUGGUUAUAUAGAAGUUUUGCAACAAAGGGCAGGAUGUUUUUCUCUGGUGGGCAGUGUGGCUAUGUUCGCAGACCUGAAGAACUUUUACUGAUGUUUAAGGUAGCCCUUGUCGUCAUUUUUCUUCAUAUCACUCUGGCUACAUCCCUGGAAGAACAUGCUUACAAUUCCAGUUUGCUGUCACCAUCUGCUGAAUCAUCUCUCAUUGAUUUUGUCCCCUACUCCAAUGGUACUCCAGAGGUUGAAACUACAAGCCUAAAUGAUGCUACUUCAAGCGUGUUAUCUACUUUGAACAAAACAGAAAAAACUAAAAUCACUAUAGUAAAAACCUUCAACGCAUCAGGUGUCAAACCCCAGAGAAAUAUCUGCAAUUUGUCAUCUAUUUGCAAUGACUCAGCCUUUUUUAGAGGUGAGAUCAUGUUUCAAUAUGACGAAGAAAGCAAUAUUACCCAGAAUCAAGUUAUGGCUAAUGGCACGUUAACUGGAAUCCUGUCUCUAAGGGAAUUGAACAGACAAUCAGAACUCAACAAAACUCUGGAAACCUUAAGUGAGACUUAUUUUACAGAGUGUGAUGCAGCAGAGUCCCAAAGCACAGUAAAUUGUACAUUCACCAUAAAAUUGAAUAAGACAAUGAACAUAUGUGCUGUGAUGGUUGCUUUCCAAACAGUAAAGAUUCGACCAAUGGAACAGUGCUGCUGUUCUACCAGGACCCCGUGCCCUUCCUCCCUAGAGGAGGUAAAGAAACUGCAGUGUGACCUGCAGGAUCCCGUUGUGUGUCUCGCUCGUCAUCCACAUGGCCCACCAUUCUCUUCUUCCAGCAAUGCCAUCCCAGUUGCUCCUCAGGCCACCAUUGUGUCCCAGAUCUCUAGUGCCUUCUCUUUUCCUGAGCCUCUAGCUCAUCCAGUUGUAACCCAGAGCCCUCACUCUCCAACAGGGGUGAUUCCGCUACCUUCUCCCCAGCCUUCAGCUCCCAUAACUUCCAGCCCAGCCAUUGAUAUGCCCCUGCCAUCUGGAACUGUCUCUUCCCCUAAGCCUCCACCUGAUCUUCCCCUCACCCUGUCCCCUGGGAAGUCGUCAGCCCCCUCUCCAACCACGUCUGCCCCUGUGAACGUCGACACGACUGGCAUACCUCCUGACAAGACAGAAAUUGUUCAUACCAGCAGCAUCAGUGUUUCUGAUCUUGAGAACCAAGUGUCCCGGAUGGAGUGGGCUCUGUCCUUAGGCAGCUUGGAGCCUAACCUCGCAGGACAAAUGAUAAACCAAGUCAGCCGACUCCUUCAUUCUCCGCCCACCUUGCUGGCCCCUUUGGCCCAAAGAUUGCUAAAAGUAGUGGAUGACAUUGGCUUACAGCUGAAUUUUUCAACCAAGACCAUAAGUCUGACCUCCCCUUCUUUGGCUCUGGCUGUGAUCAGGGUGAAUGCCAGUAAUUUUGACACAACUACUUUUGCUGCCCAAGACCCUGCAAAUCUUCAGGUUUCUCUGGAAGCUCAGGCUCCUGAGAACAGUAUUGGCGUUAUUACUUUGCCUUCAUCGUUGAUGAGUCAUUUACCAGCUGAUGCUGUGGAGCUGGCUUCCAGGGUGCAGUUCAACUUUUUUGAAACUACUGCCCUGUUUCAGGACCCUGCCUUGGAGAACCUCUCUCUGAUCAGCUAUGUCAUUUCCUCAAGCGUUGCGAACCUGACAGUCAAGAACUUAACAAGAAACGUGACGAUUACCUUAAGGCAUAUCGACCCGAGCCAGGAUGACUUAACAGUGAGAUGUGUAUUUUGGGACUUGGGCAGAAAUGGUGGCAGAGGAGGCUGGUCAUCUGAUGGCUGCUCUGUCAAAGACAGGAGGCUGAAUGAGACCACCUGUACCUGCAGCCACCUUACAAGCUUCGGCGUUCUGCUGGACUUGUCUCGAACAUCCUUGCCACCAGCUCAGAUGAUGGCCCUAACAUUUAUUACCUAUAUUGGUUGUGGGCUUUCAUCAAUUUUUCUGUCAGUUACUCUUGUAACCUACAUAGCCUUUGAAAAGAUCCGGAGGGAUUACCCUUCCAAAAUCCUCAUCCAGCUGUGCGCAGCCCUGCUCCUGCUGAACCUGGUGUUCCUCUUGGACUCGUGGAUUGCUUUGUAUGACAUAAGAGGCCUCUGCAUCUCAGUGGCUGUAUUUCUGCAUUAUUUUCUCUUGGUCUCAUUCACAUGGAUGGGCUUGGAAGCAUUCCAUAUGUACCUGGCCCUUGUCAAAGUGUUUAAUACUUACAUCCGAAAAUACAUCCUUAAAUUCUGCAUUUUUGGUUGGGGCAUCCCAGCUGUGGUUGUGGCCAUCGUCCUGAUUAUAUCUCCAGAUAACUAUGGGCUUGGAUCCUAUGGGAAAUUCCCCAACGGGUCACCUGAUGACUUUUGCUGGAUCAACAGCAAUGCUGUAUUCUAUAUCACGGUUGUGGGGUAUUUCUGUGUGAUAUUUUUGCUGAACGUCAGCAUGUUCAUUGUGGUCCUGGUUCAGCUUUGUCGAAUUAAAAGGAAGAAGCAACUGGGAGCCCAGAGAAAAACUAGUAUUCAAGACCUCAGGAGCGUCGCUGGCCUUACAUUUUUACUAGGAAUUACUUGGGGCUUCGCCUUCUUUGCCUGGGGACCAGUUAAUGUCACCUUCAUGUAUCUCUUUGCCAUCUUCAAUACCUUACAAGGAUUUUUCAUAUUCGUCUUUUACUGUGUAGCAAAAGAGAAUGUCAGAAAGCAGUGGAGGCGAUAUCUGUGUUGUGGAAAGUUACGACUGGCAGAAAAUUCUGACUGGAGUAAGACUGCUACUAAUGGUUUAAAGAAGCAGACUGUAAACCAAGGUGUCUCCAGCUCUUCAAAUUCCUUACAGUCAAACAGUAACUCCACCCACUCUACCACGCUGCUAGUGAAUAACGAUUGCUCAGGACUUGCCAGCGGGAACGGGAAUGCUUCUACAGAGAAGAAUGGUGUUUCUUUCAGUGUUCAGAAUGGAGAUGUGUGCCUCCAUGAUUUCACUGGAAAACAGCAUAUAUUUAAUGAGAAAGAAGAUUCCUGCAGUGGUAAAAACCGUAUCGCUCUAAGAAGGACUUCAAAGCGGGGAAGCUUACACUUUAUUGAGCAAAUGUGAUUCCUUUUCCUAAAAUCAAAGCAUGUUGCUUGACAGUGUGAAAAUGUCCAAUCUUACCUUUUACACAAUGUGAGUUGUAUAAAAUCAACUAAUUUUAUACUCAGCAACUUUGGGAUGAACAUAAGCUAAUUGAGGGCAAUGGUUGCUAUUGGAAGAGGAAACCAAGACAUAAUACCAUGGUUCUAAGACAUUUGCGAUUCGGUUUCUUAUCCUUCAUUUUAAAAGAAGACUGGUUUUAAACAACACACUAAGAAUAAGACUCAUUUAAAACAAAAUCAAAGCAGUUCAUUUGCAGCCUCUUUUAAAGAGGCUAAUAUAUCUUUGAUAACAUCAUAGAAAGCCACUGUUGACUUCAUCCUGUUGGUGAGUUCAUUGUGCAUGCCUUUGUUGUAAAUAAGCUAAACUCUAGUGAUCCACAUGUCAAAAAUCUUCUGCAUUUUUGGUAUUUAUUUUCUACUGUGUAAAUUUCUUUCUUUGUAGAAUCGUGGUUGUGUUGUUGCGUCUAAUGUGAUAAUUCAGAAAAUCGUUGCUGGUUCAGUGAACUCUAAACCUCCUUUUGGAGAUUAUAUGGGAUGUGAAAUACAGGACCUUCACUGAAAUCAAGAAAUAAUGACGCCAGCCAGACUGGAAAAAUGUAAGCAGACAGUGCCACAAUUAGCUCAUACAGUGCCUUGGAGUGAGUUAGAAAAGGGUGCUCCCACUGGGCAGACACAGUGUCAUGGGCUCAUGAUUUGGCAGAGUGGAGGCCAUAUUUUAGCCUCAUUCACUCUCUUGGGUACACCAUUGUUCAGGGUGCCAGCUGUACAACCGAACGUAGCAUCCAAUACUGACACCCAUCUACUGACAUCAGAUUAUGGAAGCUGCACCAGGAUGUUUAGCUUAACACCUUGGUGACAGAGAGGGAUGGAAGUGUAAUCUGGACCAUAUGGCAGGAAGAUCGUGAAUGUGGAGGAGAUACAUACACUGCCACUUCUCAAAUCCCCAGAGCCUUUCAGAAAAGGGGAGUAGAGCAGGAUUACUUUUUAAAAGAGAUGUACAUCAAAAGAAUCAUAUUGCUGUUCUUUAAAAGGCAACUGCAUGGUACUUUGUUGAUUGUUAUGCCUGGUACACUCUGGCCGAGCCAGAGCUAUAAUAAUUUUUUAAAAUACUUGUCUUGAUGAAUGUAUAGUGACAAGGGGGAGCAGCUAUUGGGAACAGUGAACUAUCCUGCAAUGCUAUUGUUUCCAUAUAUAUCGAACCCUUAUUGCUCCUAGUCACAGCGAGUCUGUCUUGCUUCCUACCUACAACUGCUUGAGCAGUGCUUCAUGUCCUUAUUAGGAACAUUUUGAAACCCUUUAGUUAGGUAUUUCACUAAGGUUCCCUUUCAUAUAUAUUUCAAGUGAAUGCUGUAUCCCAGACUAACCGUAGUCAUAAUGUAAUCCACUUCUGUGAGUGCUGAUUAGUCUUUGCGCUAUUUCUUUUCCAAUUUGUUUAAUUGUCUUGUAUUUGUAUGUUAAAAUCAACGAAAAUGUUAAAAAUCGCCAAAAUAAAUUUGCAGUUAAGUCCUUUAA